ACAUAGAAUUUUAAUUUCUUUGAGGUUAUGAAAGUUUCGCACGUUUGCAAUUGAUAUAAAAUUAACUUAAUUCCAAAGUGAAUGCUAAUUGCUGUAUGUGCUAUGAUUGACAUUCUUCACUGGACGAAGCAUUUUAAAAAGGGGUGAAAUGUCUGUGAUCUCUGGAGGUUCAAGAAAUACCUCCACCAGUUCAAUUUUAAAAAGGAUAAGUUUGAAGACAAAACUAUUCACCGAACGUUCACCGACCAAAGUGAGAUUUACACUUCCGCACUCUCAAAAAGUACGCAACAUUCUGCAAAGCUUUGCGGCGCAAGAGAACAGGCGCGAUUAUGAAAGUUUAGUUUGUUUAAUACGCGACUCGUUACUUCUCGACGAGGACUUGACAUCGUUGCUGUCCGAAGCUAGUGAAUGUAUAUCGAUCUUAAAUCAAGAUUUACGUUUGUUUGUUGAAGCCAUAUUGUUAAUUAAAUGGGUCGAUUAUAGUGAAAGUGUAGUGUCGGAGUAUCAAUCGUUUAUAAUUAAUUUAUUGUCAGCUCACAAUUAUCAUGCAAAGCUUGCUAUAGACAGUUUAGUUUACAAAUUUUUGCCAGAUCCAGAAGAACCGGACUGGGAAAAUGGAGUGCCCAACUUGAAAGAUCUUCAGAAAUUUGUAAAUGUACAUUGCGUGAUAAAUAUGUUAAUAAAUAUAAUUCCCAUGUCUCAAGAAUUGCUAUUACAAUCGUUAAUUUCGAACUACCCUUAUUUAAAAAGGUCUUCUCAUAUGCAUGAAGUGUAUCUUCAUAAUAUACUGUGUAUUUUAGACUAUCGGCCUCAAAUUAGAGGGGAUCUGUUUCACCUUAUAUUUUCCAAGUUAGUGUUGUUAGAUGUAAAUGCCCCUAGAGAAGACAUUGAAAGGAAAGAAAACGAAGUGGAAGACGAUUUAUUUAAAUUUGAUGAUGCAAGUCAACAAACCAGCUGUGAUAAAAUGAAACACAAUAUUGCACACACUUUAGAUAUUUGUUUGUAUAAAAUCUUCAAUCAAAUUAUGAUGAUAUCACAUGAAUCAGGAGAGUUCAAUUGGGAUCAAACGAAAAGCUUGUAUCAAGAUUUACUAGUCGUGUUUGACAAGGUGGUGCUACCUACUUACAACAUACAUCACGUUCCGUUCGUUAUGUUUUUCUUGUGCAGUUUGAAACCAACAAUUGCAGAAGCCUUUUUGAAUUUUCUAUGGAGGAAAGUCUGUAAUCCAAAUGUCCCCUCUAUUCAUAGGCAUUCAGCAGUGUCGUAUAUGGCCAGUCUAGUCGCACGGGCGUCAUUUGUGCCCUUAUAUAUGCUGAAGGGAACAUUGCAAGAAAUGGCAAAUUGGAUCUUCGCAUAUAUGGCCACACAAGAUGGACAUGGGUGUAUCAAUACAGAUAUUCGAAUACAUGUUGUAUUUUACAGUGUAUGUCAAGCACUGUUUUACAUUAUCGCUUUUCGAUAUAAAGAUUUAGUUAAUAAGCGAAAAGAUGUUAUCUUUUUAGAAAAUUUGAACUUAGGGAAAAUUGUUACCUCAACUUUAAAUCCUUUACGCGUCUGCCAACCGGCGAUCGUUCAAAACUUUGCGUCGGUUGCGAGAACCUACCAAUUGGCAUACUGUUAUGCGGUCAUCGAACAUAACUCCCGAAAUAUUAUGCCAGUGAUAUAUCAAGAUGAUAAAGGAUCGGUAUUAAUAUCUAAUAACAUUUUAGAUUCGUUCUUUCCCUUUGAUCCAUUGGUGUUGAAAAGGUCAAAGGAGAUUAUUGAACCUAUUUAUUUAUAUUAUAAAUCGAACGCGGAAAAUGCGGCGGACGAUUACGAUAUGGUGGAGAAAGAUGAUUUUUUAUUGUAUGGGACGUCGCCUGGUUUUAAACAUAGAAACUGAAAUGUUAUAUUCAUGAUUAAUUUAUAAUUCUGAUUGUGUAUUAAUAAAAAUCAACCCAAGUUA